AUGAAUAAUAAGAAUUCUAAGCCAGCGGAUAACAAAAAUAUUAAGGACGGAAAUAGAUUAACAAGAAGCAGGACACAAGAAAAUCCUGAACUCAAAAGUAUUGUAGAAGAUCGUAAUCACGCAUCAGCCUUUUUACAAAGCCGUAAAACACCGCGUUCUCCAACAGAACGAGGAACAUUUGACUUCACACCAAAGGUUACAACCGAGGUAUCAAACGCGAAUACAGAAUUAGGUGCAAUACCCAGAACAAAAAACGUAAAGAAUCUAACCAUAAACACUAACCAAACCGAUAACGCAGGUGCCAGCGGGCAAGACAAAAACAUAGGAUUGACAAUCAAUCCAAGUAACUCAGCUAAUAAUAAUAAACAAACAGAAACCGUCGCAUCUCCACUAAUCCGAAUAAGUCCCCAAGAUAACAGAAAGAAUACCGAAAUAUUAAACGAAACAGUAAAUAACAGUUACAAAAACGACCUAUCCCUACUUGAAAUUGAAGGAAUUACAGAACAGCCAAGCUUAAUAGGAAAUCCGGACGAAGGAAAUAUCAAAGGAGACAUAUCACUCAUUUGGGGUAGCCCGAAAAAAAUGACGGAACAACAAAUUCAAACCCCAACGGUAAGAUUACCCUUGAAAUAUGUAGCAAAACUAGUACCCGAAUUCGACGGGAAAGAUAUGCCAGUAGCGGAAUACAUAGAAAAUCUAAAGUAUGCCAGAAACAGCAUAACACCCGCAGACGAAUCGAGCCUAAUUCCAAUCGUUAAAGUAAAACUAAAAGGACAGGUACAUAAAGCACUAAUAAAUUCACACAUUACCAGCAUAAAUGAUUUCAUCAAAGCAAUAAGAAUAUUAUUCCCGUCUACCGAGAACAUACACACCUUAUAUGGGAAAUUAACAGAACUAACACAAGAACCAGACGAGACAGUACUCAACUACGUGAACAGACUACAGGAUCUAGUAAUAGAGAUAAAAGAACUAAACAAAACAGAAGCAGAUAUAACUGAGCAAGAGAUACAAGAUUUCGACAAAAAGAUAAACAUCGAUGCAAAAAAAAGUUUUAAAGAAGGACUAAAACCAGAAAUCAGACUAGAAAUGAAAGACAAAGACGAACUAGACGCCCUUAUACAGGCAGCAAUCAAAGUAGAAACAAAAUUAGAAAAACGAAAAAUAUUGAGAAGCAAACCGGCUAGCAUACUAUUCAAUCUCGGAAAACCUAAUGCAAGCUCAACAAUAUACACAUGUCAAAUAUGCCAGGACCCAAAUCAUGAAGCCUUAUUUUGCAACAACGCAGCAUGCGUAUAUUGCAAAAGCAAAGAUCAUAUAUCAUACAGAUGCAAACUGGCUAAAAGGAAAAUAGAACUCAUCUGUACACACUGCAAUGCUCCAGGACACUCAAUAGAUGCGUGUAAGAUGAACAAACUACAGGGAAGGCACUGCCAAUAUUGCCAAUACCAUACAGCUGAAAAUUGCCCAACACCUAUGUGCCCACUUUGUAAGAAAUUGGGCCAUACCAUAAAACAAUGCCCUUUAAUGAAAGACAAUGGUCUUCAACUAAUCAUGUGCACAAACUGCAACGAAGAAGGCCAUGACGCAGAAGAAUGCGAAGGGGCAAGAGUGUUCCAAACGAGAACAAAUCAAAUUAAAUACCAAAAUUGCAAUCAAGUAGGUCACUCAUCAAGAGACUACCACGAACCAAGAAACCCUCAACGUAGAUCGAAUGACUCGUAUGGAAACAAUCAAAAUUUCAACCACAAUAACAAUAACUUCCAGAGAAAAUAUAAUAGCAAUGGAAAUUUUAACAACAAUAACUACUCCAGAAGUAAUAAUAGCAACAGGGAUAACCCGAGACAAAUGAACGAAUCACGAAAAUUUUGUGACUAUUGUAGAACCCCAAAUCAUACAAUAAAAGAGUGCAGAAAACUUAAAUCCAUUCAAUUACGAGUACAAAAAAGAGAUAUCUGUUCCUACUGCGAAGAACCAGGACACCAAAUAGACGCAUGUAGGAAACUCAAAAGCCUGGAAAGCAGUGCCGGAAAUAUCUGCAACCUUUGCAAAAGUACAAAUCACACAACAGAGGAAUGCUACAGAAAUCAGAAUCAUCAACAGCACAGAGCGGGAAACGAAUAG